GCCUAUCAGGAGAUGCCCCCGGUAAAUUUAUUUUAAAAAUUGUGAAUAGGGGAUGGAUGGGUUUUAUUCCUUCAAAUAUUUCCCUUGGCUUUAAGAGUAGUUUAGAGUCGGUUAAUUUUUUGAUCCGACGAUUUAUUGUCUAUGAGCCUUACGUCUCACUUAUUCAAUCGUUGGUUUAUAGGGGUAACGAGGGCCUACAGCACUGCAUGUGUUUUGUGUACAUUAGCAGUUCAAUUAGAUUUUGUGACGCCCUUCCACUUGUAUUUUAAUUGGCAUUUAAUUAUCCACGAAUUACAGUGGUGGCGGUUGUUUACUUCCUUUUGCUAUUUUGGAUCAAUUGGAUUUACUUUUCUCUUCAACAUGAUAUUCACAUAUAGGCAUUGUUCAAUGUUAGAAGAAGGCUCUUUUCGUGGAAAAACUGCCGAUUUCAUUUUUAUGUUUCUUUUUGGAUGGAUAUUUAUGAUAAUUUCUGCCUGUUUCGUUCAUUUGGUUUUUCUUGGUCACGCAUUCACAAUAAUGCUUGUAUAUGUUUGGAGUAGAAGAAAUCCUUUUGUUGGAAUGAACUUUUUUGGAAUUUUCUCUUUUUCUGCUCCAUACUUGGUUUUUUAA